AUGGCUUUUCUUGCCGCUUUCCGCCUUCCUAUCAGGGUGCUGGUGACAUCACGACUCGACCAAAAUCGACGGAGGAGCGGAUUGGUCAUGGGUCCUUCCCGCUCUCGGUGCCCGGGGAUACGUACUGAAGACAUGUCCGGCAUCCUCCAGGAGAUUGGCCGCCAAAAUGGCGUUCUCCAUGAUGAAGUCAUUGGUUGCCCUCCUGCUCCUCACCAGCUCGGCUAUGGGACGUCCCAUUUUGUUCCUCUGUUUCUUCAGGUGUUCCGUGACAAAACCCUAUACGCCAACCGCCUUGCCAACGUCAACCGCCGAUCCAUACAUCUACACCACCACUCAACCCCCACCAACAUCUUCAUCCAUGCCGACUUCAAUCUGGACACCAACCCCAACGCACCCAAUGCCAACCUCUACAUCAGAACCGCACCCAAUGCCAACCUCUACAUCAGAACCACACCCAAUGCCAACCUCUACAUCAGAACCGCACCCAAUGCCAACUGA